AUGUAGAAUCUAAUAGAAUUAAUAAAUCUCAUCAAAAACAUUGUAUUUAUUUCUCAUAUUUUUGCCUGUAUUUGGUUGAUAAUAGGAAGGGUCUCUUUAGAAUUCAAUGAUGGAAAUUCAGGAAGUUAAAGUUCCACUCAGAGCUCUUCGAAGGAUGGAACCCCAGAUAAUUCAUGGAUAAACUAAAUGAAUUUAGAAGACUCCCCUUGGUAUACAUAAUACCUCUAUUCAUAUUAUUUCAUCACUGUUACAAUGUGCACAGUUGGAUAUGGAGAUAUAAGACCAACUAACCCAUUAGAAGUUUCAAUAAGCGUUUUUUUAAUCAUCACCUGUUGCAUAGUAUUUGGAUUUACUCUGAAUUCUAUUGGAGAGAUUUUCUAAGACUUCUUUACAAAAGAGAAAAUAAUUCAAGAAAAGCGAUAUGUUAUAGCUAAUUACAUGGAUAAAAAUUAAAUUGACGAAAAUACAAGGAAAAACAUAUUCGAGUAUUUAGAAUACUAUUGGAAGGAAUCUUUAGAUGAGAACUUAUAAGAAGAAAACAAGAUAAUAUCUUAACUUUCUGAUAAUCUUAAAGAAGAACUUCUAAUCUAAUCCAAUAAACUAAUCCUAAAAGAAAGCAAAGUUCUCAAAGAAAACUUCAGUCUUGAAAUACUUUCCAAAUGUAUCCCCAUAAUCAAAGAGCAAAAGCUUACGCCAGGAGAAGUUAUAAUUUAGUAAGAAGAGGGUAAUCUAGAAUGCUGUCUUAUCUUUGUCCUUUUUGGAGAACUCGAAAUUUACAAUAAGCAAUCAAAUAAUAGCAAUCAUGCUAAAAAUAGAGAACCCAUAUGUUUACUGAGUAGAGGUGAUUCUUUUGGAGAAAAAUCAUUUUUUUCUGGGGAAACACAAAGUCUAAGUGUUAAAAGUAGACAUUUCAGUAAGAUUUUAAAAAUAAAGAGGGGAGAUUUUAUGCAAGUUAUUAAAGAAGAUAAGCUGCAAUAUGAAAAAUUUAUCUAUUUGCAAGAUAAGUUAAGAUACGAUGAGCAAAUUAGCUAUUUACAUUCUAAAUGUUAAUCUUGCUUUAGCAAUUUACACUAAAUAGAAAAAUGCCCUUCUUUGCAUUUCAUCCCAAAAAAGAUGAAAAUAUUUGGUGCUAAUUAAAUUAGUUUGCCUUAAGUGAGAAAUAGCUAGUUUAAAAGAACAAAUAAAAAAUAUGGAACAUUAGAACAUUUUCCUUAUAAUACUUAAGCUUUUUUGGAUUUUUUGGAAGUUUAAUUUGAGGAUUUAGAUUUAUACGAUUAGAGAUACUUUUAAUAUACUAUGUUUAAAACAAGAGCAAAGCAAACAGUUGAAGAUGAUGAAUUUGACACUGUUAAAAAUAUUUAUGAAGUAUAAAGAUCUAAAUAAAUUACUAACGAUUUCUUAGAAUCUCCUAAAGUUGCUGCUGAAAAGAAGAAACUUUCGUUUAAGAAAAAAUCAGGGCAAAUAACUUUUUAAAAUAAUGUAGGGAGCUUUCAAAUUUUUUCAAAUGGAGAAUAUUCUGAUAAAGAUAUUCAAAAUCAAAAUAAAAUAAAAAAUAUUAUAGUUCCUUAAAUGUGCUAAGAUUCAGAGACACUAAAUUAAUUCAUUGUAGCGGAGUAGCCUUCAAGCUCAGUAACUACUAAUGAAUAAGAAAUUCCUUAUCUUCAGCUUAAUGAUAAUUAGUUAAACAAUAUUGAGAGAAUUCUUUAACAGAAUCGAAUCGCAAGUGUUUUCAAAAGGUCUUCUUCAAAAGAUAAUAAUAUUUAGUGCUAUGAAAGAAUAAGAAAUAGACAAGAAACUUAAAUAAAAAUUGCUUAAAGGUAAAACUAAAAUGCUGAGCAUAUCUUAAAUUAUGAAUCUAAGUCGUCUGUGUGUAUGAUUCUUGAAGAAAAUGAGUUUGAUUUACUUUUAGGAAAAUUUGAAAGUUAAGAAAAUUACAUUUAUUAUUUUCCAAAAUAUAAUUUAAAAAAUGUUAUUAAUUAAUUAAAUCCUCACAGUUGUUAAUCUAAUAAACUGAAAAAAGUGCACAACAACAUAAGUAGCUAAAUAAAAGAUAACUAUAUCUAUUCUAAAUAAAAUAAAAAUAUUCAUCAAUUACUUAAGGAAAGAGAUGUAGUAUCUUGCAGGUCUAUUACAAGAAGUAAAGGAAAAAUUUAAAGUGAAUCAAGUCUUGAUAAAAUUGAAAAGAAAGCAGCAGCAGGAGGAGGAGGAGGGUCUUAAAAUUUAAUCAAUAAAACUGUUGGAAAAAAUAACUUUGAAAAAGAACUCUAAAAAAUAACUAUCUAGUUGGAUCUGUCACAAUAAAAUUUCAAAGCCAAUUAAUCUGUGAUAAACGAAUCUAAAUAAUAUGAACUUUAUGAAGACUAAAUUUCUAUUAAACUUGAAAAUGAAGAAGAUCCACAAACUCCUCCUUAAAAUGAACUUUAAAUUCCACAACUUGAAAUAAUAUCUAUUGGUUUAAUUAAAAACUAGAAUUACAACUUUAGCAGCAGUUGUUUGGAAUCUUCCAAAGUGAAUUUUAGUUAGUAUAAUUCGAAAAAAUGA